AUGUCGACAUCUGAUCAUCCAGAGUCAGAUGGUCAGACGGAACGUGCCAAUCGUGUCCUUGAAGAGAUACUUCGAGGAUACGUACACUCCUUUAAGAGUUGGAGUGAGUUUUUGCCAAUGGUAGAGUUUGCCAUUAACAACUCGGUGCAUGCGUCCACGACACAUACACCGUUUUACGUGAAUGGCUUGCGCCAUCCGCGUGUACCCACCUUACUAGAGUGUAACUCUGGUUUAAGGGGGGGAGGGACUCGCGCAAGCAAAAACCGAUUGGGUUCACGCUCAUCACGCUCUGACGAAGAGGUCAUUGCGUUUGAUGCCGAUAUCGAUAACAUCGAUAUCGAAGAAGAUGGUGCCAGUGAGAGUGCGGAAGCCCUCACUGAAGAAAAGUUUGAUGUUGCUGCAGUGCGCUCACAGCGCACUGAAGCUAACGAGUCAUCAGAUGAGUUCAUACUGGCUCGUGAAAAGGUAGUCCGUUUUGUGCAAGACUCCAUCGCCGAAGCGGUGGAUUAG